UGUCCCUAACCUUGACCUGGCGGGUCUCGGGGUCAGAGGCGAUUCCAAGGGGUCCAGGUCCAAAUCUGUACCUAUUAUCCUGCUCCUCAUUGGGACCAGUGAAGUAUCCCGUUGGUCUGUCAGGCCCUUGUGGCGUGAAGGACACGACUGAUUUUGACCAUUGCAGGGUUCUGAUCCCUGUUCUGACUUAAGUUUGCUUUGUAGAGAGAAGGAACAGCUGCGUCUGGACUAGUUAGUAAGUCUUGCCCCAUUUAUUUGUAUGAAAGCUAAACGUUCUUCACCUCUAAAAUUGUGUUUUGUGUUGGGUCCGAUGUCAGAUUUUUAUGGCUCUCCUUUACAUUUUGUAGAUGUCGGCAGUAUCCUCUAUUAGUAAUUAUUUUGUGGGUGAAGUGAUGGCUGCCUUGUAGCCCAUAGUUUUAGGUAAACCACCCUAUUGAGUGGUCAUCGAUAGUAUACAUGACCCUUGUCAUCUCGCUUUGCUAAAAAUGCUUUCCAUUAUGUCAGUAGGUUGCUCGUUAUUGAAAGUGUCUGGAAGAUCUUGAAUAGCUGAAAAGAAAUUUGUGAUCAGUGUUAACACAGCGCUACCCUGGAGAGAAUUCCCUCGUGAGUUGGAAUGAUAAUGACAGAAUCCCAGGAAGUUAUAGACCUAGACCCUCCAGCUCAGGUGUCACAGGAGCAGGAAGACCUCCUGAUAGUGAAAGUGGAAGAAGAAGACUGCACCUGGAUGCAGGAGUACAAUCCGCCAACAUUUGAGACGUUCUACCAGCGCUUCAAGCAUUUCCAGUACCAUGAGGCGUCGGGACCCCGGGAGGCUCUCAGCCAACUCCGCGUGCUCUGCUGCGAGUGGCUGAGACCCGAGCUGCACACCAAGGAGCAGAUCCUGGAGCUGCUGGUGCUGGAGCAGUUCCUGACCAUCCUGCCCGAAGAGUUCCAGAGCUGGGUGAGAGAACAUCACCCAGAAAGCGGGGAAGAGGCUGUGGCUGUGGUAGAAAAUAUCCAGAGAGAGCUUGAGGAACGCAGACAGCAGAUUGUUGUGUGUCCUGAAGUGCUUCCUCAGAAGAUGGUGCCACCUGGAGCCGUGCAGGAGCCCCUCGGUCACCAGCUCCUGCCCACGGACACACAGCCUGACCGAGAGCCAAGGAAGCCUCGUCUCCUGGAGGAGCAAGCCCUUCCUGUUCUCCAAGUUCCUUCCCUCCCCCUGACAGACAGCCUUAGAGACCAGGAGCUGACAGCAUCACUUCUCUCAGCCGGGUCCCAGUUGGUGAAAAUUGAAGAUGUGGCUGAUGUGGCUGUAUCCUUCAUCCUGGGGGAAUGGGGACAUUUGGACCAGUCCCAGAAGAACCUUUAUAGGGAUGACAGGAAGGAGAAUUAUGGGAGUAUUACUUCCAUGGAUUAUGGACCCAGAAAUGAUAAUAUGGAACUCAUAGUAAAGCAGAUUUCUGAUGCAGGCGAAUCACACUGGAUGACAUCAGGAAGCAAAGAAAGGAGCAAAGAGUUUGCAGAUGUUAAUGACCUUGGGGGCAUGGCAGAAAGGUGGCAGGUCAACCCCACUAUGAACAAAUCAAGGCAGAACCCAUCUCAGAAAAAAGAUCUUGGUGAUAUCACAGACAGUAACCGCAGGCAAAACACAGGUGGUGAGAGGGGUCACAAAUGUAAUGAUUGUGGUAAAAUUUUCCUUCAAGCCUCCAACUUUAUUCAACAUCGGCGAAUCCACACUGGAGAAAAGCCAUUUAAAUGUGGUGAAUGUGGGAAAAGCUAUAACCAGCGUGUGCACCUCACUCAACAUCAGAGAGUCCACACUGGUGAGAAACCGUAUAAGUGUCAGGUGUGUGGAAAAGCUUUCCGGGUGAGCUCACAUCUUGUUCAGCAUCACAGCGUGCACAGCGGAGAGAGGCCCUACGGAUGUCAUGAAUGUGGGAAAAACUUCGGUCGGCAUUCUCAUCUGAUUGAACAUCUGAAACGCCACGUCAGAGAGAAAUCCCAAAGAUGCAGUGACAAAAGAAGUAGGAAUACAAAAUUGAAUGUUAAGAAGAAAAUUUCAGAAUUUUCAAAAGCAGACAUUGAACUGUCAGGAAAAAUCCAAAGAAAUAUUUCUCAAGUUCAAGAUUUCGGAGAAGGCUGUGAACACCAAGGCAAGUUGGACAGAAAACAGGGAAUUCCCAUAAAAGAGAUACUAGGACAGUCCCCUUCAAAGAGGAUAAAUUUCAAUGAAGUCACAUAUGUCCACAAAAAACCCUCCCUGGGAGAGAGACCACAUAAAUGUAAUGAAUGUGGAAAAAGCUUUACUCAGAAUGCACAUCUUAUUCAGCAUCAGCGAAUACACACUGGGGAGAAGCCAUUUCAGUGUGAUGAAUGUGGGAAAAGCUACAAUCAACGUGUGCACCUCACUCAGCAUCAGCGAGUACACACUGGUGAGAAGCCCUACACCUGCCAUCUAUGUGGGAAAGCUUUUCGAGUGAGGUCCCACCUUGUUCAGCACCAGAGUGUCCAUAGUGGGGAGAGACCCUUUAAGUGUAACGAAUGUGGGAAAGGCUUUGGGAGGCGUUCACACCUUGCCGGCCAUCUGAGACUCCACUCAAGAGAGAAAUCCCAUCAGUGUCAUGAAUGCGGAGAAAUCUUUUUUCAGUAUGUUAGUUUAAUUGAGCAUCAAGUGCUCCACAUGGGCCAGAAAAAUGACAAAAAUGGCAUUUGUGAGGAAGCAUACAGUUGGAACUUAACAGUGAUUGAAGAUAAGAAGAUUGAGUUACAAGAGCAGCCUUAUAAGUGUGAUAUAUGCGGAAAAGCCUUUGGUUAUGGUUCAGACCUUAUUCAGCAUUACAGAACUCACAAUGCAGAGAAAGCCUAUGAAUGUGAUCUAUGCAGAGGAAACGGCCACUGUUCUCAUCUAAGACAACAUCAAAAAAUCUGUUCCAGCACGAAAUCCCAUCACUGUAAUGAAUGUGGAAGAGGCUUCACUCUGAAGUCACAUCUUAAUCAACAUCAGAGAAUCCACACUGGUGAGAAACCCUUUCAAUGUAAAGAAUGUGGAAUGAGUUUCAGUUGGAGUUGUAGCCUCUUUAAACAUCUGAGAAGCCAUGAGAGGACAGAUCCAAUAAAUACCUUAAGUGUAUGAAUGUUUCUGUUAGGGGAUAGCUCUUAUUAGUUCUAGAGAAGCCUUCCUGAAGGAGAACCCUUACUUCUAUAAUGAAUGUAAAAACAACUUCAAGCAUUUUCUCCAACUUAACCAUCAAACCUACAGAUGUGUCGAAAUCCUUCCAUUAGAGCUCAGCCUUUUAGGAACAUUAGAGAAUUCACAAUGAAUAGUUACCUGUUUGCUUUCAACAUUGAGGAAUGCUUUGGUUGGCACCUUCAUGCUUGAGAAUCUAGAGGAAAGAGAACCUUUGAAUAUGGUAGAUGAAGGAAAACCUUUAGAUGGCACUCAUUUGUCUUUGAAACUCAGAAAAUUGACACUGGGAAGAACUUCAUGAAUGCUGUAGAAAUGGGCUUCACCUGUAGUUUCUACCUUGCUUGACAGCUUAUCUAUUCAGGGAGGAGCACCAUGAAAGUGUGUGGACUCUUCAGCAUAUCCGAUUUGGUACCUCAGCAAUGAACCUUUUCUAGAAAUGAUUAUUCCAGCCACUAGAAUGUUCUAGUCAUUGUUCCCAACUUGAGUAUUAAACCCUUUGAAAAGAAAUUGA